ACGGAACCGCAGAUAUUUUAAGUAGCAAACAUUUAAAACUCCAUCCAUGAACCUGGAGAGAACCCAUGCAUGGGGAGAACAUGCAAACUCCAUGAAGAACGAACCGCCGGCCGGGAGUCGAACCCAGGACCAUCUCGCUACAAGAUAACAAUAAAAACUGACGUGAGGGCAGUCUGAGACUUUAGAAGAAGGAGGGAUAUUUAACUGGAGUUCCUCUGUGCUACAAGACCAACUCUACCAUUAUAAGUUGAACAGUUUACAGUCAUGCUGAGAAGAAACACUCGACUACAAUUAUUAGGGUACUACAACUCAGAGGGAAAUCCCACCAUCUCCUACAAAGAGACUCUUUAUAAAGUUUUCAGCAAGCGAAGGAAUCAAAGAUGUGUCACCUUAGACACAUACUCGAAGGCAGACGCCAUCCCUUACACAGAGACGGACUUGAAGAUGGACACAGACACCAUCCCUUACAUAGAGACGGACUUGAAGAUGGACACAGACACCAUCCCUUACAUAGAGACGGACUUGAAGAUGGACACAGACACCAUCCCUUACAUAGAGAUGGACUUGAAGAUGGACACAGACACCAUCCCUUACACAGACUUGUACACAGACACGAUCCCAUACGCAGACUCAUACAUGAACACUAAAACAGACACAGAGAUGACAGCAGAAGAAGAAUUCCACUUUGAAAACAGAAGGACCACCAGAAGUAGACAAUACCGCAAAAACCUCUGCAAGAACAACUUUGGCUGGUUCUAUGUGACAUGCCUCCUGUUUUUUGUUCUGGCAAUCCCGAUCUAUGCGCCGAACUUUAACAUUUCUAGCUCCAAACCUGCAGAAUCUCCAGCUUCCUCCUUUGCAGUAGAUCUGGCCUUCAACAGAUACUGUGAAGACAAGAAACUGUAUCCAGCAGAGCUGAUGGAGGCGCUGAUAGGCUCAAUCACAACAGUUAACGACUCUCUCCCAGGCAAAGUUUGCAUUGGCAUCACAUGGCAGGACAUUGCAUUGAAAAGAUUAAAAAGGAAUCUUCAGCCUUGUGAAGCUGGAGGACAACAGUAACUGGGGGUCAUCAGUGGCGCACAUGUGUGCACAGCUUCAGGGUGUCUGGGAAGAUGGGGUACGUUUAGGCUGGUAGGUAUGGAGGUAAGGAUAUGUACAUGUGUUUGAAUAAAACAGAAAACAUUUAAACUUGUCAUUUGAAAUAUGUAGUUUAGAAAAUACCAGCAGAGUCAUUUGAUGUUGUUCAGUAUAUCUGGGCACCAGGGGGUGGAUCCCAUCAGCUUCUAGAAAGUGGGUGGGUCACCUUCAGAGAGAGUGUUGCAGGCUGGAAGGUGAGUAUGGUGCAAAGGUUCAGAGCGAAGCUUCUCUCUACCAGGGUUUAGGAACAGGAGCACUUAAAGGGUAAGCUGCUUCCACACAUUCGCUUUAAAUAAGAACACUACAAAAUUCUUAUUAUCUAUUUCAAUAUCACUUUAUACCCUUAAACACAAACAAAUAUUUAUUUUAUAACAUGGUGGAGAGAUCAGAUGAGCAGAAUUAUCCUAAUAAUAAAUUUUAAGUAAUUUUAAGAAUAAAAACAAAUGGUCUAAAUUUCAUUAAUUUACACGUCUUUUAGCUGUUAAACGCACAUAACUACUCCAAAGAGAGUCAUUUAAUCUACUCAAAUAAAGCAUGCUGUAAAAUCUUACAGCAGUUAUAUUGAUUCAAAUCUAACAGUUUGGUUUAUCAGUGGAAAUCAGUCUUUGAACUACUGCCAUAGUUUCAUAGGCUCUUCAUCCUCCUGUCUGUUUUAUGUGCAGGGUGCCCAUGUUCUCAAGGUGACUGCAUGGGUUUUCACCAGGUGCUCUGGUUUCCCCCCUCAAAAACAAAUAGAAAAUAUUUCAUGCUUCCAGUGCAUAAACGAUUUUUGUUACUGAUGUUUCAAAUGCGAACAAAUAGCAGAUAUUAAAUUUGUGUUUAGGAAAAGCUAUUUUCUUAAAAGAGAGGUUCACGUGGCGCUGCUAAAUUACAGUAUCUCACAAAGUGAGUACACCCCUCACACUUUUGUAAAUAUAUGAUUAUAUGUCAGUGAAUCCUCGUGGUUUUAAUUGACGUCGUUCUUUAGAGACACAUAGAGCAGUCAUGGAGGAUGUUUUGUUCUGUUUUGUCUGAGACGUUCUGAUUUUCUUAUGUUCUGAGUUCAAACUAAACUUUUAUCAGUUAAUGCAGACAUGAAGGGUUUUCAUAUAGAAAUCAGAGGAUUUUCCUGUAAUAAAAGUUGAUUCAAUAAUUAUAAUAAUCCUAAAUCAAAGCCUCUGUCAACUAUUACUCACAAUCAUAGUUAUGUUGGCUCGGCUCAGCUAGAGUGCAAGCAACAAUUACAGAAGGAGAAGGUGAGUAUUAGUUGGAGGUAAGGUUAUGUUGAAUGUGGGACUUUAUGACAGGGUGAAGAAACCGCUUACUGUUUGGUGAUGAAGAUGGAGGUCCAGGGAGGGUGAGUAACUCUCCGAGUCUGAGAUUGGCUGCUUGGUUGUGUUUGAGAGGUUUUGCGAUAGUAGAGAAUCCUUCUUCUGAGUAAGGCUGAUGGAAGAGCCACAGCAGACUGAGGGAGGACAAGCAGGAGAGUGAUGGAUUACCAAGCUGCAGCUAAAUGAAGAUCCAGGAGGGCGGAGGAGCAGCGAGGAGACUAGGAGCAGUGGCCUAAGGAGGAAAUUCUGAGACUUUGGAACACCAUCCACCGGAAGCAAGGAGACAAAGGGUUCCCUGCUCCUCUUAAGCACUUCCUGAUUAGCUCAACAAGCUGCAGGUGUGGAGCCUACCAGUCGCACCCUGCUGAGGACGUGGGAGAGGACAGACGAGGCACACAGGAAGUGGACAGAAGACAAUUUGGGUUUGGAGUGCAGAAUGCCUGGCUUGCACCUCCACCCCCCAGCCGGUCGAGGCAGAUGGCUGCCUAUCAUGAGCCUGGUUCUGCUGGAGGUUUUUUGUCUUCUUGUUAAAAGGGAGUUUUUUUCCUCUCCACCGUCGCCUAGUGCUUGCUCAUGAUGGGGGAUUGUAUCAAAGAAUUGAUGCAAUCAGCUGGUUUCUUUAGAUAAAUAAACUGAAUUGACUUGAA